GGCGGAGGCUAGGGGCCCUGGACUACAUUUCCCGAUAGCGCUCUCGACGCUCCCGCCCUCCCUCCGGAGACACGAGCCGAACUGGGCGUCAGGUCGGGGAGCCGGUCGGGUUCCCGCUCGCUGCCGCCGCCGCCGCCGCCUCCCGCAGAGCCUCUCCCGCCUCUUCGCCGUGCCGGCCGAGGGAGCUGCAUAGCUCACUCUGCUCAGCUGAGGAGCCACCGGUCCCGGGGCACCGAGCGCCACACGCGACAAACCGAGUCCCUCGUCACCUCCAGCCGAGGCGACCCCUCCCGGGUCCGCCCUCGCCCCGCGCGGCCGCCGGAGCCCCGGGUCCAGAGGCGCCCCUCGCCCGCAGCGCGGCCCCUGCACUCCGGCAGCCUCCGUCCUCCACCUGGAACAUGGACUCUGACUCCUGCGCUGCCGCUUUUCACCCGGAGGAAUACUCCCCCGGCUACAAGAGGCGCAGGACCGUGGAGGAUUUCAACAAGUUCUGCACCUUUGUCCUGGCCUAUGCUGGCUACAUUCCGUACCCGAAGGAGGAGCUUCCUCUGAGGAGCAGCCCCAGCCCUGCCAACAGCACCGCGGGCACCAUCGACAGUGACGGCUGGGACACUGGUUUCACUGACAUGGCGACUUCCGUGCCCCUGCCAGUGUCUGAUCGGUGCUUUAGCCAUCUGCAGCCCACUCUCCUGCAGCGUGCAAAGCCUAGCAAUUUCCUGCUGGACAGAAAGAAGCUAGAUAAGCUGAAGAAGAAGAAGAAGAGGAAGCGAAGGGACAGCGAUGUCACCGUGAAGGAGGGCUACAGAGGGGGCUUGCUGAAGCUGGAAGCUGCAGAUCCGUAUUCGGAGACCCCCACGAGCCCCUCCCUGCAGGAUCUGCCCCAGGCUCCCGGAGACCCCUGCUCAGGCUGGGAUUCCGACACUCCCUCCAGUGGCUCUUGCGCCACCGCCGUGUCACCUGAUCAGGUCAAGGAGAUAAAAAUUGAAGGCAAACGGACUAUCGUCCGGCAGGGAAAGCAGGUGGUGUUCCGAGAUGAGGAUAGCACCGGCAACGAUGAGGACAUCAUGGUGGAUUCAGAUGAUGAUUCCUGGGACCUGGUCACCUGCUUCUGCAUGAAGCCAUUUGCCGGCCGCCCCAUGAUAGAGUGCAACGAGUGCCACACCUGGAUCCACCUGUCCUGUGCGAAGAUCCGGAAGUCCAACGUUCCGGAAGUGUUUGUCUGCCAAAAGUGCCGGGACUCCAAGUUUGACAUCCGCCGCUCCAACCGCUCCCGCAUGGGCUCCCGGAAGCUGUUUCUGGACUGACUGGGUGGCGGGAGACUCUGGGCUUGGGGGCGGGGAUGGGCGCUGAGGCCCUUCCCCACUUAGCACAGGACUCCCCGCUCGGCCAGGCAGAUUUCUUAUUCAGGUGCCUAAGCAGAGGACAGGCUGUCCCAGUAGAAACUGUACAUAGCCAGCGAGCGUAAAGCCUUCGUCAGCACAGGCUGCCGCCGCCGUUGUGUUCCUGGUGGCGGCGGCAGCAGACCAAACACCCAGGCGUGGUGGCUUGGUUCCUCCACUGCCGUGAGGGGGUGUGGUCCCGAAGUUUCACUGUCAUUGUUAGCGAUUCCCACUGUUUGGAACUAGUGCCAGCUGUUACUCCUGCUUCUGCGGGCUGGGGCGAAGAGCGGGAGCGGCUCGGUGGCCCCAGCCUGCAGCCCAACAGCCAUAUGUGUGUGUUUCCUGAGUGUCGCCUCACCUAAGUGUCUGUACAGCCACUGUCUGAGUCGCCCUUUCUUGAGGUCACGAUCACGAGCUGCUGUGGCGUUGGGAGGCGGGUGAGCUGUGGUGAAUCUUUAGUUUCCCCCGUGUGUUAAAAGGGACAAUGUGUGGCCACCUCUCUGGAAAGGGCAUUGGUUGGGGGGUCUAGGUGGCCCAUGUUCAUAACCCAGUUUCCUGUUUUGCACGGUGUACAAGUCUUUUUUUUUUUUUUUUUUUUUUGCACGACACAGCCGAAGUAUUGGCUGAUCUCUUGCUGGGUCCCCGUUCUCUAGUAGGCGUCCGGGGUCCCAGGGGCCCAGAAGAGCUGUUUGGAGAGUGGGCGCGCUCAGGUGUCGAGUCUCCUCCCACCCGGUCCAGUAGCACACACACGGUUAGCAGGCCGUGGUUAGGAUGACAGCCCUGCUCUUGGUGGGAGCUGGUGGGAGCGGGUGGCUGCAGGCCUGCCCCUCAGUGCCCGGGUCGGGGGCUCCAGAGUAGGGCAUGGGGGCGGGCGGCUUGCUCUGGUUGGCAGUGUGCGCCAGUGGCGCCCAGGUUAUUUUUUCAAGACUGUCCGCGGGGUGAUGUGUGCGUGGGCAGUGGCGUUUCUUCUGAGGUGGGCAGGGUGGAGGGCCCAGGGCUGGGGUCUGCAGCCACAGGGCGCCCCGGGUGUUCUUUACUUCACCCACUCUUGUCCUGGACUCUGUCUAGUCUCCUCUGUCUUAGUUUUUAAAAACCCUGUUUAUUAAAGUAGAAACUGUUUCUGAGUAAGUUUAUUGUGAAGGCCCGAGGGUGAACUCUGCCUAGAGCAACCUGUUCCUGGGCUGGCCCUGGCCCUGGCCCUGGCCCGGGGCACCCUCGGCAGGCUGGGGAGGGAGUCGCCAAAGACCUGCCCCACGAUGCCUUUCCAGUCAGCGCGGUGAGAAAAACCAAAGUUGCGAAGUGCGUUUCUUCCUUUUUAAAACUCCAGGAGAUUUUUACAAGUUAAUCCACUUGAUUUUUAGACCAGAACUGCCGACUCUGGUGAUUGAUUGUUCUGUGCUCUGGAAGGUUUUAAGCUGCCUCUGGAACGCAUCCGAUACUCAUCUCAAUCUGUCCCUUGAGUUGGUGGUGUCCUUUCACAGAUGUGUUGCCGUGAGUGUUUGCCGCGCCAGGCACCUUGGUUUCGGGUUGGGUUGAGCUGGGCCAGUCCACUAACUAGCUCCUUUAUGCAAAUUCGGCACGACCCGCGGUCCAGGGGCUGCUUGGUGGCCAAGGGAGAGGUCCUCACCCUGGAAGUUGGCCCUCGCUGGCUUCAGCCAGGCUGGACACUCACCAUCGUUUACAUGGUUCUGUGUAAUUGUAAAGUUUGUGUACAAAGCGAGGUGUUCGUGAGAAUGUAUAUUUUGUAAAUAAAGAUAUUGCUACUUUGA